AUGGCCAUUCUCCUCAUCUUGAUAUGUGUUUUUUUUAAAGUCGCAAGCCAAUUCGUCACGAUCCCAAUAAUGUACAGUCAAUUUACCCCUAAAGAGAUAGUUGCUUUUUUUAAAACUUACUAUAAUUGUCCUUAUGCGAAUGCCCCUGGAUGCCAGCCUAACUCUCCUGUAUUUUAUAUUCUAUAUGAGGUGAACGAUCUAGCUGAUUUUCAAAAUUUUUUUGAAGAUUCUGACUUUACGUUUGUUCUCGACGGAACUUACUCAUUAAGCAUGACCACUCUAAUCAGCGAAUACGCACGAUUUUACGGUUUUAUUCAAUUUGUCUAUGCGUACUCCCCUGAUAAUCCCACAAAAAAUAUUUAUUAUUCAGAUUUUCCUUUUGAUAAGUAUAGAGAAGCAGUUAUUUCACUUGCGAAGUAUUACGGAAUGCAAAAAGCCGUCGCAGUUUUGAGUACAGAAUUCAUUGGAGUUAACUUUACAGCCAGCAAGGACAUAAAAAUCGUGCAGCAGUAUGUCGUGUCAGCAGCUGCAUCGUAUGAAUCGAUCUUGCUGAUGAUCACAAAAGAAAUAAAACCUUUAGGCGUAAAGCUGAUGCUGAUAAUGACAAAUGAAAGCGUUUCCGUUUCUAUACAAACGUUAGUUAGUUAGUUAGUUAGUGAUGAUUAUUGAGAAGCUCCCUAUGAUACCCGAUAAGGUACUUAUCUCCAACUUGCUUCUUUUCGGCCUGCCACCCACCAUCAGGGGGUUAAAUCCUCUCCGCUUGAGGUUCGCAUCAAACGAAGAGGAGAAUGGCAUGGGCCACUGUGUUUUAUGUAUGCCAGACUAGGUUGCCUGCAUAAAGCUCUAAAAUUGGAACUUCUGGCCACUCUCGGCAAAAGUGAAAGCUUGUAGCUCAGGGCGUAACACCUGGUUUUACGCUAGUGAUUUUCCUGAUAUACCUAAUAAGCUUUACUAGGCUUCCCCUUUCCAACUCCAAGUUUCCCUUCUCAUCGAGGUAAAAUUCAGCUCUGAUAGCUGACUAAGGCUAGGACCCAAACACUACUGGGAUUGCUUAACUAGCAAGUUUCUAUUUCUAGACUAGCAAAACCUUGCCGGAUAUAAUUAAAUAUAUGCUCAAGGCUGCAUGGCCGGGAGGCCAUGCCCAGGGCUGAAAUGCCAUAUUUAAUUAUUUCCGCUUCUAUACAAAAAGCAUUAAUUGAGGCUGAAAUGUAUAAACGCGGCUAUGCCUACAUUUUUGUUCAGCAGAGUGCUUGGGCUGCAAACCUAGAAGGAGCAAUUUUAGUUGAAGGGAAGUCUAUUUCUAAUACUGGGAUAAUUGAUUAUUUGAAUACAAUUAUCCAAUGGACUACUUCUUUAUUAGUAUCUAUGACGAGUGAUAAUCAAUAUCAAGGGUCCUAUUCAGCUUAUUAUUUCAAUAAAUACGUAGAAAUUGGUCUCACAUGGUCUGCUGAUUUUUCGAUUUAUAAUGUGCUGCAGGACGGAACGAGACCAAAGGUGGGAACUAUUUCGAAAAAUGUGGUUAAUAUAAAUACACCUUUAUUAUUUCCAGGAGGAAGCUGAGAAGCUCCAGACAAUGAGAAGUUUAAAAUUCCUUUCAGCAUCAAUGGAGGCGUUUCGAACUCAAAUGGCUUCGUGUAUCCCAGAAAUGCUAUUAAUCAAAUGGGGUCUGUUCUUGCUGUAAACGAACUUAAUUCUAUGGACGGGCUUUUGGAGAAUUUUGAUAUGGCGGCUUAUAACAUUUCUGACUGCGGGAGCUAUUAUUUCGAUUAUAAUUUUUCUUAUAACUGCUUUAAAAAUCACACAGAAGACUUACUCCACUUUUAAGAGCAAUCAAGAUUUUUUGUUCACUCUUUAAUGGAAUUUAGUAAAUUUUUUUGAUAGAAAUUCAAAUGAAAUUUUUACUUUCAAAAAUCCAAAUUUGGAAAAGAAAAAAAAAUUUUUAUUAUCAUGUUUAAAUAGCUAGAGAUCUCUUUUUUAUCAAUUAUUAAUUUUAUAUAAAAAUAUUUUUACUUUCAAUUAGAAAAUAUUUACUUGCCCUCAAAAGCUAUUUUUCCUAAAAUUGGCAUUUUUCUCGCUCUUAAAGAGAUUGAGGGUUAGGAUAUUUUCAUAUCCCAGGACUGCAAACUUCUAUCGCUAAAGGGACUGUCCAAGUUUUCCAAGCAGCCAAUAUUUCAACGCCCCUUUUUGGGACACAAACAUCAAGCGCAAUGAGCAAUCUUAAUUACUAUCCUCAGUACGCCAGGGUUUCCUUUCCAAAUUCAUAUACAGGAUCUGCUGCAGCUUUAUUGCUGUCCGUAUUAGGAGUUUCAAAAUGUUCUCUGCUGUAUUCAAACUCAACUUGAGGAAACGAUUAUAAUGUCCAAUUUGUAAGCCAAGCUAAAUCUUAUGGGAUCGAGAUUUUAAAUAAAAAUCGGGCGCUUAAUCCUGGAUACGUAGGAGCAGAUAAAGCAAUAAUCCAAGAAAUUAUUGACACAAAAAGCAGAUAUGUGGUGCUUGAGCUGAACCAGCCAGAUGUGUUUUAUGUAAUAGAAGCACUUUAUGACUUGGGAAUGAGGAAAGGAGAUAUCUUUCUUAUAGUGGGAGAUGGCGCAGUUGGCCAAGCAUAGAUCUCAACCCCUGAUCCAUUGGAUGCUCAAACUUAAGAGGCAGAGUAAACUUAAAUUACUUAUAGAGAGAAGUCCGCUACUGGUCCUCAGGCUGCUACUCACCUCCGCAUAUGCUCCACUGAUUAUGCCUGGGCUUUCCGCGAUGCUGCUCCUCACGGCCGAGGACUUAGAUUCGCCACCUAAGAGCUAUAGACGUUGGGUUAUCAUGCCGCGUAUAAUCGAUAUUUGCCCUUCCAGAAAUUUGAAAAGCAAGUUUUCGACCAAUAUCCCCAUGGAGUAAAAACUUGACCUACAUGUGAGCAUAUGCUCUCCCACCCCGACUUUAUGCUCCACAAAACCAAUUAAAACUUGGGCAGGUAUAAUUCCUGAACGUCAUCCUCCAGUUUUUCCUUAUGAGCCCACCGACUACAGGUGCAAUGAGGGAGGUUGAUUCAAUAAACUAUUUAAAAUAAAGUUAAGAUUCAGAUGCCACUAAAAAUUGAGCUUUAUUCUAUCUUUUAUCUAUCGAAAUUAGUAGAUAAGCGUCUUAUUUACCAAUAAAUAAAGCUUAGCAUGGAAUCUGCAGAUAAACUAAUCGUAGGUAGGCGGCUAUGAUUUGUGCUUAACCACACAGUUAGUAUCUAUGACAUGGACGAAAAACAGAUCGGAGCUGAAUCUUAUGCAAAGAGAAUAGAGAUCAUGGACGGUCUCAUCUAUAUCAGUUUUUUAGCAUUUUAUGGAGAUAUAGGGAAAAGAGUUAAGGCAUCUUUACUAGAAAAGUAUGGGCUUGCCUACGACUACAUGUGUCUGUUUUACGAUGCCGUCUAUCUCGGAGCCCAUACAAUUGAUGCUUUGUUAAGCCAAGGCACAAACUUGAACAGCUCAACCAUAGAAGACCUAUCAAGGAGUGUCACUUUUGAUGGCUGCUCAGGCUUAGUCAAAAUAAGCAGAUAUGGAAAUGAUAGACUGACAAUUAGGCUUGGGAUUUAUAACUUACUGCAAAUAAAUUCUACUUGGACUAUGAAAUAUCGUGGGAUUUAUAACCCGAAUCUUGAAGUCAUGCUGAAGCUUGAUUCUACGAUUUCAUGAGUUAAAAGUGAUGGAAAAGUCCCCAGCGACAUAAUUGGUGCUGAUCUUGACUGUCCUUUUAAAGAAGAUGCUGCUUCUCCUUUUAUAUUUGGAUAUAUAAUUAUAGCUACUAUAGAAAUUGCUCCUCUGCUGUUUCUCAUCGCUUUUGUAGCUAUCUGCUAUGAUUUUUUGAUUAGACGCGAAUUUCCGUUGCUGAUUUCAGUUAAAAAAGAAACGAUUUUGGACGCUUGUGCUUAUCUCAUCAUGGUAGUAGAGUCCUUGCAGUACAUGGCAGUUGGUCCAGAUUUUACAACCUUUUUCCCAAAAUUGUCAGUGCUUACAAGGAUCUCUAUGCUUGAUGUCCGAGGAUGGAAUAAAAACGCCCAUUGAACAAUUUGAAACCAAAUAGGAAUGAUUGAGUUCAUAUCGCUAAUUUGAUUUAUCUUACUAAUGCUGAGGACUUUUGAGUGGGGAAAGACAUCAAAGAUAUUUUUCCUUAUCCCAAUCUUUAAUCGAAAAAAUAAAGUUUUGUUCACUCAUGGAUAUUAAUUUUUAAAAAAUUAUUUUUAAAUUUGAUAGAAAAUUUUUUUUCAAAAUUUUAAAAAAAUCCCAAUUCAAAAUAAUUUUAAAGCAGAUAUUAAUUGAAUUUGUAAGAUUUAUGUUUUAAAAUGCAUGCUUUUUAAAUUAAACAGAAUCAUCUAGAGACUUUAUUAUAAUAAUUCUCACUUAUAAAUCAAAAUUUUGUUUUAUAAAAAUUUUGCUUGCUCACGUAGGGUGUUUUGUCACCCAAAAUAGGAUUUUUCAAACUGUUUUGUUUACUCAAGGAGGGGGGGUUAGAAUCAUAAACGAAAUGAGCGAGUAUUUUCUGCCUUAUAUUGGAGAUGCCUUGUUUUUGCCUAUGAACUUGUUCUUGUGGCUUACUUUUCAGUGCAUAAGCAGCACUGGAGAUGGCUUCCAAGACAGUUUUCAUCAUCAAGACUGCUGGACUUCUUGUUGGCAGGGUAAACAUACAAUUUUUGUGGGUUUGUCUUCAGUCGCGAUUUUUUUAUAUUUGCCUGCUAGCAUAUAUCAUCGACCAACUUGGCAAGAUCAUCUUGAGCAAGCCUUAUUUAAUUUUCAUAGAAAUAAAAUGGUGGCGUCUACAGAAGAUGGACUUGGAGGCACACUCCUAUGGAGCAGGUAGGGCCAGUCCCGAUUAAGCUAAAAAUAGUUACUCUGUACUUUUUGAAAUAGCCUUCGGCUUGGGGAUGUCUGUCGAAAAGGGAUGUUUUGUUUUUCCGAAGGUUUCCCCUGUCCCGCUGAUUGGGCUAGACAGGUUUUGCCUCCCACUUUUCUUUGCUUAUUGGGAUUAAUGGGGCAUCUGAAAUAGGUGACUAUUAGCCUAGGGAGCUACCCCUUACGAUAGAUGGGUUUACGUGAGAUAGUCAGGAUAGUGGUGCUAUAACAAUUAGCAUAACUUAUUUAAUUUUCGAGAACAGCCUAUACAUACAGUAAAUAAGAGUUUUUGCCAGCUAAUUUUAAUGAUACUUUACACUGCAGUCUACCCUGCUUCAGAAUAUAUGUUUAUUGGCUGCGGGAUUGCUGUGCUAAUCUUUAUAAUUGUUUUUUCUAUGAUUAGGCUUCCUUAUAAUUAUCACCGAGCAUCUUUGUGAUAUGUAGUAUUUAUUUCGCUCAGUUUAUGAUUAUGAAUUUGUUGCUGUAUAGCUAAAAUUAGCAAGUUAGCUGCUCAAUUAGUGCUUGGAUUUGGCUGACUCGCCCCUUUAAAUUGGAACAAAAUUCGUUUUUAUAAUCAUAAUUUUUAUCUAAAAUGUUUUGAUAUAAGUUAACUAAAAUUAAAAAUUUAGUUAUAUCUUGCUCUUUUUUAAAAGAAGAGAUUAUAAAAAAGCAUCUUAUUUAAAUAAAUUAACUAUUCUUAAUUGCUAAAUUUUUAAAAAAAUUUUUUAGGUAAAAUAAUAUUUUUUAUUUAAAUAAUUUUGAUAUAAAUUCAAUGCGAAUUUUUUACAAAAAUUCAAAAAUUACUUAUUUUUUGCUUUAUUUUAAAGAAUAGAGUAUAAAUAGCAUCUUAUUUAAACAAAAUUAGCAUUUUAAUCGAUAAAUUUUUAAAAUUGUUUUUUUAUUAAGAAUUUUUGUGCAAAUAGUUUUGAUACCAAUUAAUAGUGGUGUAUUAGCUAAUAAUGAAAAUUUUAGAUAUAUCUUGCUUUUUUUUAAAGGAUAAAGAAUAAAUAACAUUUUAUUAAACAAAUUUAUUAAUCUAAUUCGAUAAAUUUUUGAAAUUUUUAUAUAAUUUUUUUCCAUAAAAAAUUUUAUAAAAAUUUUCCCUUUUAAAUUUGAAAAAAAUUUUUGGUUCCAAUUUAAAGGAGGAGUGAGCAAUUUUACUCUCUAUUGGUCUUAUAUAUCAGCAGCUCUAUUUGCCAUCUCUGCUAGUAGGGCCUAACUUUCCAUCAUUGACGGCUGAUGAAAGCCAUUAAAAAAUUUCAACUUAUGAGAAAUCCCUUAAAAAUUUUAUAUAAAUAAUUUUAUGUAUGAGUACUUAAUGCUAUGGAAUUAUUAAUUAUUAGACAGCUUUAUUCUAUGGCAUAAAUUUUUAAUUUUGAUUUCUUGCAAGUCAAUUUUUAUAAAGCCUUCUAUGAGCAAGCAAAAAUAUUACCUCUAUGAAAAGCGAGGAGUAAAGGCCAAGACAUUCUCAAAUUAUUUAGGUUCCAAUUAUCUAACAAGUCUCCAGUAGAAGCAGGAAUAGUUAAGCACACUGGUUACAAUUUGGCUGGCAUUGAAGAUGUUGAUAUAGAAAUUAACUCUUAUUCUUCAAGUCGAUAA